AUGAAGAAACAGAUCGGUGGGCAGAGUCGGGCCAGAAACACCAUUUUUGCAUUUUCAGGCCGGACUCGGCUCCCAGCCGACCGGGCCGUGGAGAAUCCGCCCGGUGCUCCGGAUGUCCGGGCUGUCGGUCAGGGUACCGGACGCCGCUCGGCUGCCUCCGUCUCCCUUAGUUACGUCUCCCUGAACGUCUCCUUGAACGUCUCCUUGAACAUCUCCCUUAGUUACGUCUCCCUGAACGUCUCCUUGAACGUCACCCUGAACAUCACCCUGAACGUCUCCCUGAACGUCUCCCUGAACGUCACCCUGAACGUCUCCCUGAACGUCACCCUGAACGUCUCCCUGAACGUCUCCCUGAACGUCUCCCUGAACGUCACCCUGAACGUCUCCCUGAACGUCUCCCAGAACGUCUCCCUGAACGUCUCCCAGAACGUCUCCUUGAACGUCUCCCCUAAUUACGUCUCCCUGAACGUCUCCCUGAACGUCUCCCAGAACGUCUCCCUGAACGUCUCCUUGAACGUCUCCCCUAGUUACGUCUCCCUGAACGUCUCCCAGAACGUCUCCUUGAACGUCUCCCAGAACAUCUCCCAGAACGUCACCCUGAACGUCUCCCUGAACGUCACCCUGAACGUCUCCCAGAACGUCUCCCUGAACGUCUCCUUGAACGUCUCCCAGAACGUCUCCUUGAACGUCUCCUUGAACGUCUCCCCUAAUUACGUCUCCCUGAACGUCUCCCUGAACGUCUCCCAGAACGUCUCCCUGAACGUCUCCUUGAACGUCUCCCCUAGUUACGUCUCCCUGAACGUCUCCCUGAACGUCUCCCAGAACGUCUCCCAGAACGUCUCCCAGAACGUCUCCCAGAACGUCUCCUUGAACGUCUCCUUGAACGUUUCCCUGAACGCACCGCGGUAA